AUGGCCCGCACUGUAACUGGAGACCACGCAGGCACCAGUGUGAACUCAGACCCCACGGCCCCAACCGUAACUGGAGACCAUGCAGGCACCAGUGUGAACUCAGACCCCACGGCCCCAACCGUAACUGGAGACCACGCAGGCACCAGUGUGAACUCAGACCCCACGGCCCCAACCGUAACUGGAGACCACGCAGGCACCAGUGUGAACUCAGACCCCACGGCCCCAACCGUAACUGGAGACCACGCAGGCACCAGUCUGAACUCAGACUCCAUGGCCCCAACCGUAACUGGAGACCACACGGGCACCAGUGUGAACUCAGACCCCACGGCCCGCACCAUGACUGGAGACCACACGGGCACCAGUGUGAACUCAGACCCCACAGCCCGCACCGUAACUGGAGACCACGCGGGCAGUGUGAACUCAGACCCCACGGCCCGCACCGUAACUGGAGACCACGCGGGCACCGGUGUGAACUCAGACCCCACAGCCCGCACCGUAACUGGAGACCACGCGGGCACCGGUGUGAACUCAGACCCCACAGCCUGCACCGUAACUGGAGACCACGCGGGCACCGGUGUGAACUCAGAUCCCACAGCCCGCACCGUAACUGGAGACCACGCGGGCACCAGUGUAAACUCAGACUCCAUGACCAGCACCAUAACUGGAGACCACACGGGCACCAGUGUGAACUCAGACCCCACGGCCCGCACCAUGUGUAUAAGAGACAGCACCGUAACUGGAGACCAUGCAGGCACCAGUGUGAACUCAGACCCCACGGCCCCAACCGUAACUGGAGACCACGCAGGCACCAGUGUGAACUCAGACCCCACAGCCCGCAUCGUAACUGGAGACCAUGCAGGCACCAGUGUGAACUCAGACCCCACGGCCCCAACCGCACGUGAGUUACUUCACUGUUCGCGACACCCUUUCCAAAUAAAACCCGGGGCCGCCUGUGUACCCAAGAGCCUGGGCACUGAGCAUUCAGAGAAAACGUCCAGGGCAAGAGCGCUGACGUCCCAGCGAAAGACUCUCUUUGGUGUCUUGACUGCUGAAGGGACAAGCCUGUCAUCCCCAGAGAGCAGCCCUGGACAGUCUCCAGAUCCGACGGCCCUCAGAAAGACUCUCUUUGGUGUCUUGACUGCUGAAGGGACAAGCCUGUCAUCCCCAGAGAGCAGCCCUGGACAGUCUCCAGAUCCGACGGCCCUCAGGUCCACCUUGCCUACUGACGAUCCCACAUUACGAAACCUGAUCAUCAGAAAGAGCCUCCCAGUCCGCAGCUCACAAGCAGCUGCACUAAACUACUUGUCCAGGGCAGAUGCACUCAUAAUGACCAUCGGCUCAGAGUUGGAAGUAGCACUGGAGAAUGAGGCAGUUUCAGGGCACUACGCUUCCCUGCCCUCUUUUCCAGAGAUGCCAAAAUUUAAGAAGACUGAGAGGAAUAACCACGAACAAGCAAGGUUUACGCAGACGUCAGUCUUCCCAACUCUCGCUCAGGAACUCACCCCAAACUCCUCCUGUGGAAUCAGCCUGGGUAACAGUCCCUGGUGGCCGCACAAGAACAGAGGGUUCCACAAACCCACGACAGACCCCACCCUCCAGGCCCAGGCAGAGGAGGGAGGCGGACGGUUUGCAGACAUUGAAGCAAUCCUGGUAUCUAUUCCCCCGAGACACCAACAGGCUGAAGUCUGCAGGGUGCACAUAUUGAAAAUCACAGGAGCACUGGAGAGGCGGAAAGAGGUGACACAGCACCGGAUGCAAUUUCAGGGUCAGGGACCACAGUGCCCGGAGCUGUGGACCACGCCAGCCCACAGGCACUGCAUGCCCCAGACCGGGGCUGUGGACCACGCCAGCCCACAGCCACUGCAUGCCCCAGACCAACACGAGAAGAGCACAGGCCGACAACAUCUGCAUUUACAGCGGUCCCCAGCCAAGUCCAAUAAGGAAAUGAACCCACAGCAGAUGCAGGUGCAGGCAUGUUUUCCUGACAACAAAGUCAAGGUUUCCCUGAAGAGACUGCCAGAUGAAAGAAAGGGAGAAGAGACAGAAAUGCCCGAAGCCCGUUUCUGUACCCAGCUGGACAGCAAAGCGCAACGCCGACCUCGGGGUGCAGACUGGCAGCUUCUUCCGCCUUCCUGCACUCCCUCUUCCCAUCCUGACCCAGGCACCGAAUCGCUCAGCUCACUGGCUGCCUUCUCUCCUCCUCUCGCCACGGCGAGUGCCCUGCAUGAGCCUGCUCUGUCCCUCCGGCUCCACGGCGUGCCGCACAUCAGAGGGAUUCUCCCCGAAACCCUCAGCGGCUCCCUCGUAUCCGACAGAAGAGUCAAAACUGUGGCAGGCCUGCGAUGGCUGUGGUUGAGGAAAGAGGCCACACCCACAGCCAGCAGAACCACGCUCAGCAACAGCCUAGCCCCGCGUGGAAGAGGUGUGAACACUCUUGGGAGAGGUGGAUGUGCACUAACGGUUCCCAGCUCUGACCUCUUUGAUUAA